UGAGUAAUUUUAGGACAGCAAAGGGGAGUUCGCACGUGCACCGACGUAGGAUUUCACUCGUUGAGCCAUUUUCUAGCAUACUCGCACGCUUACCUUCUUCUCCCCUCGGCUUGGCGCUCUCCGCUGCCCCCAAUUCUCACUGGGAACAUUUGGCUUGGGACAGGAGAUUGUAAGGACCAAGAAAGCUAUAUAAGCCUUCUGGUUCAUUCAUCACAUCUUGAUCUCCAAUUUUCACCUCAUCUCUUGAGGCACACUUCCUUGUUGCUUGACUCUGGCAGGUGAAUCGGGAGAAACGAACUUCAUCAACAAGUUUACAAGGAGCUCACUAUUGGAUCUCAAGAAUGGAGCUGAAUACAGUAAAAGAUGCAUUUGACAGCGUUGUUAAGAAGCAAAAGCUAUCAUCUUCCAAGUGUCAUGAAGCAAUUGAUCAAGUUGGCCUAGAAAUUGAACAAGCACUUGCACAAAUUGUGUCACCUCGUGACCCCAACUCACCUGUUGAUCAUAAGUCCAUUCUUGCGGAGCUUAAUCAUAAGCUCAAUGCAAUUUCCCCACUCCCCAAGUUAGAAGGUUCUCAGAAGGAGCUAAACGUAAAUCUUAGCAAAUACCCAAAACUCCUUGAGAAAACAUUCAAUCCCGACAUCUCCAAAGCAUACAGAAAUGUUGACUUUGACUACCAUACUGUGAAUCGAAUCAUUGCAAACCAUUUUUACCAGCAAGGCUGGUUUGAUCUUGGAGAUAGCAUUAUAAAUGAGGCUGGAGAACCUGAAGCAGCCGUUUUAAAGUUGCAAUUUUUCGAAAUGUAUCAGAUACUCGAGGCUAUGAAGAUUAGAAGCCUUGAGCCUGCUCUGAGAUGGGUUUAUGCUAACCGGGAAAAGCUCAAGCACAAUGGUUCAAAUCUUGAGCUUAAACUUCACAGUCUGCAAUAUGUAGAGAUUCUCCAGAGCGGAAGCCAAGCUGAUGCACUUAACUAUGCCAAAACUUACCUUGCACCUUUUGCUUACCUCUACGAGAAUGAGAUCAUGAAGCUUAUGGGUUGCCUUGCAUAUCGAGGAAGGCUUACAAGCUCUCCAUACGCAGACCUAAUGUCCCCAACCCAUUGGGAGAAAUCAACUGAGGAGUUGAUCCAGCAGUUCUGUAGUCUCCUAGGACAGUCACAGCACAGCCCUUUUGGCGUGGUGAUAGCCGCUGGAUUCGAAGGGUUACCUACUCUGUUAAAGCUGGCGAAUGUCAUAGCUAUGAAGAAGCAAGAAUGGCAGGCGAUGAGGCAGUUACCGGUUCCUGUGGACUUGGGGAAGGAGUUUCAGUUCCAUUCAAUAUUCGUAUGUCCUGUGAGCAGAGACCAAAGCAAUGAAGACAAUCCACCCAUGUUGAUGCCAUGUUUACAUGUUCUAUGCAAGCAAUCAAUCAUCAAGCUGUCAAAGAAUAGCAGUCGAACAUUUAAAUGUCCAUAUUGCCCAGCCGAGGCUUCUGUUACUCAGUGCAGGCAGCUAUCUUUCUGAUCAAGUCUCUCUUUGUUGCACUACUCAUCAUCAUCACAAUCAGUGUUUUCAAAUGAUAUUUGGUGGCCCUUUUUCAUCUAUCUACUUUGUAUAUAAAACUUUCUUUUUCUUAUUAUGAUUAUUCCCAAAAGGACCAUUCAUUUGAUUUGAUGAUAUUAAAUCAUAAUGAUGUAAAUACUAGACUCUGCACCCAAAUCAUAGUUGCUCUCGUAUUCAAUCCUUCAAAAGAAGUUACAAAACUAGCAAUUUGUUUCUACUUAA